UGCAAAACUGCAGAGUGAUUUUACAGAAAUUCUGAAGUGGUAGAUUAGUCAGUUGCAAACUAAAAUUUUGAAUUAAAAUGUGUUUCUUCAGAAAAUCUUUAUCAUCCUUUUGAUUUUGACUUUAUUUAGGUAGCUGAAAUUGUGAUCCGUGUUACUUUUGUGAAUAAUUGUAUCCUCUAAUGUUAUGUUACACUCAAAAUGGAAGAGCUUAGGCUGCAGCAUCCAAUUUCCAAGCUGUUUGAGUUUUCCCAGUGACAGUGAGGAGCUCCUCACAGAUAACAUGGCAAGAGAACCAAUUAUGCUGAAUGUUUAUGACAUGUAUUGGAUAAAUGAGUAUACAACUCCAAUUGGGCUGGGAGUGUUCCAUUCUGGAGUUGAGAUUUAUGGACAAGAGUAUGCCUAUGGCGGACAUCCUUAUCCCUUCUCGGGAAUAUUCGCCAUAACGCCAAGGGAUGCAGAGGAGUUAGGUGAACAAUUUAGAUUUAGACAAUCAAUUCACGUAGGACACACAGAUUUUACUGAGCAAGAUGUCAAGAGAAUAGUUCAAGAAUUAGGCAAAGACUUUAGAGGAGAUCGUUAUCAUCUGAUGAACAAAAACUGCAACCACUUCUCUGGAUCCCUGACACAGAUACUCUGUGGACAAGAGAUCCCAUCGUGGGUCAACAGGCUGGCGUACUUCAGCUCUUGUGUUCCGUUCCUGCAGCGUUGUCUGCCGCGAGAGUGGCUCACACCAAUGGCUCUACAACAGUCCAUCAACCAGCACAAGGAGGGCUCUCCCUCCCCCGACUCCCCUCUAUAACACCUCCACUUCGCCAUUCGACGAUAAUGCAUGUCAAAUUUAAUGUCACUCUUUUUUGUAAAAUCAUUCUAAAGCUGCAUUUUAAAUUUGUAAAUAGUUUUUCUUUUAGCGACAUAAAGUGAAUGGAUUUUAGUAACAAAUUUAAACAAUUAAAACAAGUUUAAAUAAUUAUUCUGUGCAUUUUAAGAUGAAGUUUUAAAUUUGUAAUUUGCAAUGAGGAGUUUAGUCAAGGUUUUUGGGUUUCUAUCUACUUCUUCCACAAAUCAGGAAAUAUAUUGUUAACUUAAGUUCUUUAAAGGAGUGAAACAAUAUGUUGGAAGGUUAGUCAUAUGUACAUUUUAAUAUUUAUUACAUUCUCUGCAGUCACACAAUACCUUAUAUACAGAGGAGUGUGGAGACGGGCUGAGUAUGGGAUAAAUCAUUUCAUUAAAGGAAAUGCAGAAUUACUUCCAUCAACAUCCAUGCUCACUGUCAUUAAAUUCACUUCUCUUCUGAGACGUCUUAAAUCUUUUAAACAAACAACUUUUGAUGUUGACUCGAAGAUGUGGGAGAUGUAGAUAAAAAUGUAAGAACUGAUUUUACUACUGCUUCUUCUCUAUUUAUCAACUUCACCGGUACAACAGUAUAUGUGGAAAUUGGUGAGAGGUUGUCACCAUCACAUUAAUCCAUCUACGGUUGGAUUUUUUAAUUCCAGUUUUAUGUUCAAUUAUCCAAAUGAAUAGUAAAACAAUGUAUUGUUAAUUUAAUUAUAUAUCCUCAAUAAAAUGUAAGGCUAAAGACAUAAUGAGGAAAAGUACAAGGGGUUCUUGAAGGUAAAGCUGAUUUGUCAGGGAGAAAAGGUUUCAAAUUACUAUACCAUAAAAUAUACUCUUUGAUAUGCCAAUGGACAAACUUGUGGCUGUAAGAGACAAAGUCAUUUUCUAGUAUUGAUAAAUUGUAGAUUUGGGCCUAAUUGUCCAAUUUUGAGUGUUUUUUUAUCUUUUAUACUUAUCUUACGGUGAUAUCUUGAAGUAUAAUUUAGGUUUUGUUGACCUACUAUUUAUGAACAAUGUAGAUUGUUUGCACAACCCCUCAAUUCUGGUGAUUAGGAAGUAUUAUAAUAGGGUCAAGAUAGGUUAGAUAUCGUUUUAGGGGUAUUUAUUAUUUAUUUAAAAAUAUAUAUUAGUGUUAGUCAGUCAGUUAGCUUAAUCUUUUUUAUAAAUGUUAUUAUCGCAUAAAUUUUAUCCUAAUGCCAAAGUUGAUCGUUUCUCUCAAUUAUAAAUUAUAUUUUGGUAGUCUAUAUACCGCCAAAUCCAAAUUUUGAUAUUUGCAUUUUACCAGGCAAUGUUUUUGUAUUGCCUUUUAGCAGGGUUUUAUAUUGUUACUACUCGACAAAAUUCAUUUGUGAAGUUUUUAUCUCAAAAGUUUACCUUAUGUUUUAGUAAGGGUAUUUGUAAUACAAAGCAUUGGGCAGGCCUACUUAUAUUUUUAUGUACCAGUGUAGAAGUAUUAAAUAUUAAAUACGUGAUUAAAUGAUGAAUCGUUUUAGCACCAAUACAUGAUGGAAAUUUUAAAUCCUCCCUUAUUGAGAAUGUCUGAACCAUACAUUAUCGUCUUGUUGUAAAAUCUAUUAUUUCCAAAUCAUGCAACUCCCUUCGACUAAGUUGAUUUGAUAUCAAAUGUAAAUUAUGUAGAUACGGUUGCAGUUAGUGUACAUAAGACUGUUGUUGGAUGUUGUUAUGUAUAUUGUGCAUGUUACGUUUUGUAGUCCCUGCCCGGGGGCAUUUUGCCAACUAUUACUGACUGCCUUACGUAUGUAAUUCAUUGACAAAAAUGUUAUUUUCUUCAAACAUUCUCUUAAGUAUUAAAAUGUUUAUCGAUGUACAAAUCCUUUUUAGUAAUGUGACUCUAGCGUUUGACGUAGUGAUAUUUGAGUAAAACAUAAUUUUUAGUUUUUAAAAUAUUAAUUUUAUGGUAUAAUUUAUGAAUGUGAAUGUGUUUUGUUAUUCAAGUUUAAGGACAUAAUCUACAUAAGAUAUGAGAAAUAAACUUAUUAAUAAUAAGUCUGUUAUUAAACACUGUAUGUUGUUU